UGAUAAUAUAGUAUUGAAUGUAUAUAUACAAGCAAUUUGCUUUCUGAAUUUCUUAGUUUUUGCUUUCAAAUUCUUGAAAAAACCCACUGAUUGUGGGAAAAAGUAAAAAUAUUGAUUUUUUGAUUGAUAAUAACGGAAGGACUCAAUGGAUCCGUGUCCUUUCGUGCGAUUAGUAGUCGGAAGUUUAAGUUUGAAAUUUUCCGGCGGUGGCUCCGGUAAUCCUCCACCGUCGAGCUGUUACUGCAAGAUUAAGCUCAAGAACUUCACCACCCAGAUUGCUGAUGUUGCUUAUUGUGCUGAUAGUGAUGUGAAUCAAGUUACCGAUCAAGUUCAGGCCUGUUUCAAUUUCAAGAAAUCGGAGUUUGAUAAGGUCGUUGAAAAAUCUAACGGAUUGAAGAUCGAGGUUUAUUCAGGUAGAAAAGGGAACCCGAUUUGUGGAAUUGGGUCGGGUAAGCUUAUCGGGGUUGUAUCGAUUGGUUUGGAUUCGAAGGUGGUUGACGGCGGUAGUAGUAAUAACUGGGGUGGUGUGGUGGUUCAGAACGGAUGGGUGGCCGUCGGUGAUCGGAACUCCAAGAAAUCUGUUCAGUUGCAUUUGAAUGUGAGGGUGGAGCCUGACCCACGAUUUGUUUUCGAGUUUGAUGGUGAACCUGAGUGUAGCCCACAAGUGUUUCAAGUCAAUGGGAAUGUUCGUCAAGCUGUUUUUACAUGCAAAUUCAGUUUCAGAAACUCCGGCGACCGGAAUUUGAGAUCUGGAUCAUCAAUCUCGGAAGUAAACGCCACUGGAAACUGGUUAAGAUCGGUGAGAAGUGAUAAUGAAAAACCUGUAAAAGAGCGAAAAGGAUGGUCGAUUACAAUCCAUGAUCUUUCCGGUUCACCGGUAGCCAUGGCGUCAAUGGUGACACCAUUUGUGCCGUCACACGGAACAGACGACGUCCGCCGAUCCAACCCAGGUGCUUGGCUGAUCCUCCGGCCAGGUCACAACACAUGGAAGCCAUGGGCAAGGUUAGAAGCAUGGAGGGAGUCCACCGGCGCCGACAACCUCGGCUACCGUUUCGAGUUACUACCAGACGCCGCCGUCGGCGGACUUGACCCCAUCACCCUUUCAAACUCCACCAUCAGUUCCAAACACGGCGGGAAAUUCACCAUCGACAUCAGUAACGGAGCCUCGCCGAUGACCACACCAAACGGCAGCUUUGACUCCGGAUCCGGGUCGGGUUCCGGGUCGGAUUUUUGGUCCGCGACAUGGGCGCACUUAAUGUACCAAGGUUUUGUGAUGUCUUCAAAGGUGGCCGGUGGAGGGCGGUGUAGUAAGCCGGAGGUGGAGAUUGGGUUUCAGCAUGUGACAUGCACGGAGGACGCGGCGGCGUUCGUGGCAUUGGCGGCGGCGGUGGAUCUAAGCGUGGACGCUUGCCAGCCGUUCUCAAGGAAGCUCCGGAAGGAGUUGAGACACGACGGAGAAUAGUCGCCGGGGUUAUUUAUUAAUUUGCUCAUUUUUCAAGUGGGCGUGAGGAUCUUUUUUUUUUAAUUUAUUUUAUUCUAGAAACAGAGAGUGUACAGUGGAUUGCUUCACGAGGUUUUAAUUUUUUUUGCUUAAUGAGUUUUUUUGGGUGAUUAAUGCAUGUACAGUUGUUUACAAUAAUAUUCAUGAUUUGGGAUUUGAUAUGAUAUCGGAUCAGCUCGU